AAAUAUUUCGCGAAACAUCGAAAAGGAACAUCCGUCCCGCAAUGUCACAAAUUUCAGAAUGUCAAUGCCACAUAUCUGCUCCGUACAACAUGAGACUUCUCAGACGUUCUUACCGUACAACGAAAACACCAAAAAUGUAUACAAAAAAUUUCUCAGAUAUCUACUUGAUUGGAGUUUGGUUUGGAAGAGACAUCCUCAGUUUUCCCAUUUCUAUAAGAGUACAACUGCUUAUCUGGUAGAAAGGAAGUUGCACGCUUCUAGCAGAUACUUUUAUAUAAUUCACCCAAUGAGUAGAUUGAGUUUUGGCAUGGAAUUAGUCCUGAUGAUGUCUUAUCCAUUCGCAUUCAUUUAUUAUCCACUAGCUUCUUCUUUUUUCAAAUUGAAACACCUUUACCGUAAAGGGUACAGUCGCACAGAGACAACAUUUCAGUGCAUUUUCAUGUUAGAGAUUAUAUUGAGGUUCUUUAUUGGAAGGAAACAUUCCAGACUGAAGAAAGUUAUAAUCAAUCAAAGGGUGAUUAUAAAAAAAUACAUUCUCAGUUUUUAUUUCAUCAUUGAUAUUUGUGGUGCCUUGCCAAUCACAUAUGCUUUACCGCUUACAGAAGACAAAAUAAUUCUUAUAUGUUUGGCAUCAAUGAGAACCCUGAAAAUUUUGAGAAUUGGAUCAUUCCUAUCAUAUUUACAUGAUUUAUUGAAGGUUCUACAUUUAUCAGCCUAUCAGGGAGUGAUCAAAUUCGUUACGAUUAUAGGAUUCACAAUUCACUGGUUCACUUGUAUUCAUUAUGGAGUAAAACGAGUCCGUUACAUAUUCAUUGAACCUAAUACAGGCUACUCAGUGAUCUACAGGAAUGUUACAAAUUCGCCAUAUCUUGAUACUGCUUACAAAACAAUGGGAACAAUAUUAGCUGCAAGACGUGACAGUCCUUAUAGGACAGCAAUAGAACAUAAAAUAUUAAACUGCCUUUUUCUAUUGUGUGGAAGGGUUAUAAUCCUGUUUCUAGGUGUCGUCUUGAUUAAUCAAAUACUACAAACAGCAGAAAUGGAUAUAAAGUACCGUGAUGUUUUGGGUCAAUUGAAUGAAUUCAUGAAACGUAAGAAGCUACCACUAGCAACAAGAAACAGACUUAUCGCUUUCUAUGAAUACAAAUUUCAAGGAAAAUACGUGAAGGAGAAGAAAAUAGAAAAUUUACUAUCAGAUCGGCUCAAGAAAGAAGUUAACUUCCAUUCAAGUAACCAACUGAUCAAGCAAGUGCAAAUUUUCGAAGAUGUUCCCACGAAAAUUUUAGGAGAAGUACUGAGCCACCUAAAAUCCGAAGUGUUUUUGCCGAAUGAUAUCAUCAUAAGUGCUGGUUCUCCUGCUGAAUGUAUGUACUUCAUAGCAAGUGGUACAGUGGCUGUGACUACAGCUUCCGGCAGAGAGGUUUGCCACCUGGAAGAUGGAGGUUACUUCGGUGAGGCAGCUUUAGUACUGAACUAUAAAAAGUCGAUGUGUAACAUUACAGCAUUAGAAAUAUGUGAAACAUACCGUUUAGAUUCAAAAACAUUCAGAAAUUGUUUCAAGAGCAAUCCCGGAAUAUUUCAGAAAUUGAAAGCAGAGGCGGAAAAAAGAGAACUUGAGACUCAGAAAUUGGAAGAGGAAUUUCAAGAGAAACUUUUCCUCAAGACGUACCUUGGUGAUAGAAGAAGAGAAACCUACGAUUCUAUUCAGUCUGGCACACAAAGAGAUUCACAACAAAAAUUCAUGUAAUUUCGAUAAUAUUAUUGAAUAUACAAUUGUAGAUACCCAUAUAGGUACAUAAAUGUUAUAAUUGGGAACUCCAGGUGUCAGUUACAGUUAAGUAAUAAUGGAGGUUUUGAAUGAGAUAUAAUGUAUCUACUUAUCAUUUCUUUUUAGUGAAUAAAGUAUUUUCUUAUUUUAA